UGUGACUGCGCAUGCGUCGCGCCGCAGACUGCGAGCCCGGCUUGAAUCGAGGAGGAAGCGCAGCUUAUUUGGCCUCAAUUGCUUCUGUCCCUGAGUGAGGACGACUGAACCACCGUGCACCUGACGUAUUCUCUCAUCGGGACGGAAAACCGGACAGAACCGCGCGGCCGUGUGUUUCUGGAGUGUUUCAACACAAAGCCUCAAUGGAGUCUGAUGGGAGGAAAGAGCAGCUGAAGACUAACCUCAAACACUGAGACGGUCUCAACGAGGAUCCGAGCUUUCCCACUAUGGAUCCCAAGAGAUUGGUGUCUUUCUGGAUUGCAUGUAUAUGCUUCUUGUUGGAAUGUCGAGCGGACAAAUCCAAUCCUGUAAGCCCAGACCCCUUACCAUCGGACAACAGUGUCUCAGAGUUUUGCCGCAUUGACGAGCUGCUCUGCCAGGAUGAGAUCGCCAUCCUCAGUUUUGAGGCCAUCCGCAGCAUUCACAAGCAAAUGGACGACGAUGCCAACGGCAAUGUGGAUGUUUCGGAAACCGAUGGGUUUUUAAGAGAGGACCUCAACUACCAUGACCCAAAGCCAAGCACAACAGUUUCCACGGUGACGACCAGCUCAUAA